AUGGUCAGCCUUUGCCUCCAUGCUUUCCUCCCUGCUGCCCCCAGGAAUCCCCAGUGUGGACAUCGUCCAUAUCAGGUGAUCACUGCUCGAGUUCAUCCAGGAGAGAGCAAUGCCAGUUGGGUGACGAAGGGUACCUUGGAGUUCCUGGUCAGCAGUGACCCUGUGGCUAGGCUCUUGAGGGAAAACUUCAUCUUCAAGAUCAUACCCAUGCUCAACCCAGACGGUGUCAUCAACGGCAACCACAGAUGCUCACUGAGUGGGGAAGAUUUGAACAGACAAUGGCUUUCUCCCAGUGCUCAUCUGCAGCCAACCAUUUACCAUGCAAAAGGCCUUCUCUACCACCUAAGCAGCAUUGGCCGAAGUCCCGUGGUUUUCUGUGACUUCCAUGGCCACUCCCAAAAGAAGAAUGUGUUCCUUUAUGGCUGUAGCAUCAAGGAAACCUUGUGGCAAGCAGCAUGCACUGUAGGCACAUCUACUAUCCUAGAGGAUGUCAACUACAGGACUCUUCCCAAAAUCCUUGAUAAACUAGCACCAGCAUUCACAAUGAGCAGCUGCAGCUUCCUUGUGGAGAAAUCUCGAGCCUCCACGGCCCGGGUGGUGGUGUGGAGAGAGAUGGGGGUGUCCAGAAGCUACACCAUGGAAAGCAGCUACUGUGGUUGCAACCAGGGCCCCUAUCAGCACCAAUUCAAACUAACAGCUUCUAGUCACAUAAGUAUCAGUGAUGGCAUUGGAAACUCAGAGCUGGAAACUCAGAGUCCUCUGGAGCUGUUUGAAACUAAAUGA